AAAGUGGCACAUACAUCAUGACGAUAACAUUCUCAUGUUAACCGUUAAAGUCGUUAUCAAUAUUAUGAUGCCUGUGACUGUACAAAAUGAGAUAGCUGUUUAGUGCGAGCGCCCACUUAUUUUAUAUUUUUGUACCCAAGUUAAUUUUUUGAUUUCGUUUUGUUUGUUGUGCGGUUUUAAGUUUUAAAAUUACAAAACUUGUUUAAUUUAAAUUUUAGGAAUUUUGAAUCAAGAGAUUACGGAUUUAUCUAAAUAUUUCAGGUUUACAGUGCAUUAUUCAAUAAAAUUAGUUAAAAUUAUUAAAAAUGAGUGAAAAUCCCGAAAAUAAGGAAACGAAGACGUCUGGAUUACGGCAACCAACAAAAAUACCUACAAUGGGAGUGUCGAGGUUACCCAGUUCGUCUUCCAUUAAACUUGACUUGCCACACAGUCAUAAAUACAAUGAUGGUUUUAAUAAAAAACCAUUAGAUGAGCGUAAAUCAUCGAGCGGUUCAGAAUCUUUCAUGGGAGAUGCUCGUAGACUUAGUGAAGCUGGUAUAAGACGUAGUUCAGGAAAUAGUGUUGUUCUUACCGAAGAUACAGACAAAUUCAUAAUUGGUAAUCGAAUUUGGGUGGGUGGUACUAAACCAGGCCAAAUUGCCUACAUAGGCGAGACUAAUUUUGGAAGUGGUGAUUGGGCUGGCAUAGUUCUUGAUGAGCCAAUUGGUAAAAAUGAUGGGUCUGUAAGUGGCACAAGGUAUUUUCAAUGCGAACCUAAAAGAGGUAUAUUUGCACGUUUGACUAAUCUAACCUCUGCUCCUUUGAGUUCUAUUGAAGAUUCAAUGAUUCAAAGUUCAUUUUCUAAAGCUAAACCAUUAGGAUUUUCAACUCCUAUGCCAAAACGAGAAACUUCAACUGUAACUACAAUAAAACCUUCAACAAAAGGUAUUACUCAAUCAACUGUAUCCAAGAGUACCAGUGAUUUAAAAAUCGGUGACCGUGUAAUUAUUAGCAGUGGUCAAGGUUCUAAAUUAGGUAUUCUAAAGUAUCGUGGUGCAACCCAAUUUGCACCUGGAGAAUGGUGUGGUAUUGAAUUAGAUGAUCCACUUGGAAAAAAUAAUGGAACUGUAGAAGGAAUAAAAUAUUUUGAGUGUGAAGAUAAAUUUGGUUUAUUUACUCCUAUUGCUAAAGUAUCAAAAUCACCUAUGUCAUCUAGUCGAAUGUCGACAAAUUGUGCUAUUCACAAAGCAAAACGAUCACCGGAUUCUUUGAAUGGAUCCAUGAUCAGUACUAUUACAUCAAACACAAUGUCAUCAAUACCAUCUCGGCAAGUCAAAAUAUCAGAUUUAGAUCGAUUGAAAUUACAAUUAACUCAAAUGAAAAAGGAAAAUGAACUUCUUCGUUCGCAAGUUACUAAAGCAGCAAAUCAAGCAGAUGUUGCUGAAAAAAAAUUGGAAGAAAUAUUAAAAGUUCAAGUUGAUAAGUCAUCUGAAACUCAAAUUAAUAAUAUAAAUCUGCUAAAACAACAAUUAAAUAUUAUGCAGAAACAAAUGGACGAAGAAAAAGAAAAAGUUCAAAAUUUGCAGUUCACCAAUGAAGAACAGAAUGUUGUCAAUAUUGAACUACAAAAUAAAAACACUGAACUUUUGAUAAAGAUUAAAGAACUAAAAUAUGACUUAGACAAAGAAAGAAAUUUAACUAAAGAUGUUGAAAAAGAGACAAUGAAAAUUUUUGAAAAGGAAGAAGAAUUAUGUAGAAUAAAAGAGGAGUUGGAAUCUCUUAAAAAAGUAAUUGAUAAUAAUGAAGAUGAAUUGCAAAAAUCUGUGUCCAACUUAAGUUCAGAAGUAGUUGACAAAGAAACACAUUUAAACAUUUUACGUCAAACAUUGAAUGAAAAUUCUCAAACACAUGAUCGCUUAUUAAAGGAAGCUAAUGAGAAAUUAUUUGCUACUACAGAACACUUAAAUAAAGUAAUUGAAGAAAAAGAUAAAAAAAUUGAACAAAAUCAAGAGAUGAUCGACCAAUUAAAUGAAGGUAUUAAAUGUUUAAGUGCAUUGAAGAAUGAAGAACAUGAUGAUACUGUGAACAAUCUAAAAAAUGAGCUAUCAAAAUUAAAGGAUGAAUAUAAAGUAAUUAUUGAUAAGCAUGAACAAGAACUUGCUAGUAAAUUGGAAAAUAAAAAUCGUCAAAUUGAACAGCUCCAAAAAAACCAUACUGAUAUAAUGUGUUUAAAUGAUUCUGAAAAAAAUAUUAUUGAAAAAUUAAAACUUAAUUUACAUACAACUACUGAAGAACUAAAAGAAUUGAAAGCCAAACAAUUGAUUUAUAAUAAAGAAGCUUUUGAAAAAAUUCUUAAGCAACCAAUGCAGUUGGCUUUAAUUAAUAUUGAAGAAUUAUCAAAAGAUUUUAAUAAAUCAUUAAUACUAAAAAAUAAACAAAUUGAAAUUUGUAACAUAACAUUAAUGAAAAUUAAAACACAGAUAAUUAAGUCUAAAUCUCAGUUAGAAACAACUUUUAAUAAUAAAGUAAAAGAAAAAGAUGAUGAAAUAAAAAAUUUGUCAGUAAAAUUAAAUGCCAUUUCUGAAAAUUUUGAACAACUUGAAAAAGUUUAUCAAAACGUAAACAUAGAAUUAAAAUCAGCAUUACAAUCAGUAAAAGACAAAACAACUUUACUAGCAGAAUUAAAAAAAAAAUAUGAUGAUUUGGAAUCUGUACAGGAAUUAAAUAGAAAUGAAUUAGAAAAAGAACUUACUACCAAACUGAAAAUUAUAAAUGAUGAAUUUGUAUGUCUUAAGUCUGAAAAAUCUAUGUUGGAAGAAAAAUAUGAAAGUUAUGUGAAAGAAAUGGAGAAAAUAAUAGAAGAUAAGGAUAAUAAAUUAAUACAAGAUAAUAUUUUAAUAGAAAAUCUUAAUAUAUCUUUGAAAGAAUUAACUAUAUCAAAACAAAAUGAAUUGGAUAUUAUUAAUAAAAAAGUAUUGCAGUUAGAAGAAGAUAAAAAACAAAUAUUAAAACACCAACAAUUAGAACUAACCACAAAAGAUGAACUAAUAAAUAGUUUAACCAAUAAACUUGAACAAACAUUAACUGAAAAACAAAAACAGGAUAUUAAUAAUGCCAAUUUGCAGUCUGAAUUAAUAAAUGAAACUACUAAUUAUCAAUUUACUAUAAAAGAAUUACAAGAUAAGAUUAAUCAAUUAGAUGAGAAAAUAACAUCAAAUGAAGAAAUAUUUAAAAAAGAAUUGGAAUCAAAAAAUUUCGAAAAAGAAUCAAUUAAAUUAGAGAAUUCAGAUCUUAUUAAAAAAUUAAAUUUGUUAGAAAAUUCAAAAUUAAAUCUUGAGGAAAAAUUGGCUUUAAAUGAAGUAUGCAUGCAGGAUAUUCAAAAUUUAAACCUAUUAAUUAAUGAAAAGGAUAAAAUAAUUGGUGAUAAUCAAAUAAAAAUCAAAGAGUUAGAUCAUCUAAUUCUGCAGACUAAAAACAGAUAUGAUGCUAUUUUAAAGAAGAAAGAAGAAGAAAUUAAAGAAUUAUUAAAAAUUGGAGAUGAAAAGUUAUCACUAGAAGAGAAAACUAAGAUUAUAUUAGAUGAAAAAGACAAAGAACAUUCUAAACUUAAGGUAAAAAUUGAAGACUUAGAAAGUAUGAAAAAAACUUUUGAGAAACAACUAGAGGCAAGUGAAUUGCGUGAACAGGAUUUAAAUAAAUUAAAUGAAAUAAUCCGAGAAAAAAUCAAAAUUAUCGAAGAAAAAAAUUUAAAAAUUGAACAUUUGAAUAAUUUAAUCUUGCAAACCAAAACCAAAUAUGACACCCAAUUACAAGAAAAAGAUCAUAUCAAUGAACUAUUGAAAACUAAUGAAGAGAAAUUGAAUUUGGAAAAAAAACGAGAUGAAGCUAUAUUAGCUGAAAAAAAUAAGGAAAUUUCACUUUUUGUUGAGAAAUUAAAUACUUUGGAAAAUAUUAAGUUAAAUUUGGAUGAACAAAUAAAAAUAAGCGAAAAACAAGACCAUGAGAUCACAGAAUUGAAAAAAGAUGUAGAAAACAAGACUAAAGCAAUUGAGGAUAGUAAUUUAAAGAUUGAACUAUUAAAUAAUAUUAUUGUAGAGACUAAAACCGACUUAGAAAUGAAAGUGAAAGAAAGAGAAAAAAAAAUUAAGGAGCUUGAGAAAAUAGGAGAAGACAAAUUAAUAAAGGAAAAAAUAGGAUAUGAAACUUGUCUGACUGAAAAAAAUAUAGAAAUUGAAAUAUUGAAAAAUCGAUUACAAGAAUUUGUAGAAAAUAAUACUGAAAAUGAAUUAAUGUUAAAACUAGAAUCUGCUAAUGAAGAAUUAAACAAGGAGAGAGUUCGGGUAGCUAAUUUGGAAGUAUUAAAAAAAGAGUUGGAAAAAACAGUAUCAGAACAUAAAACUGCAUUUGAACAAUUAGAAUUGUCAAAAAAAGAUAUGAUCAAAACUAUAGAAGAACAAAAUAUUCUGAAUGCUGAGCUUAAGGCAAAAAAUAAGAUUGAAUCAGAUCAAUUAGAUGUUGAAAAAUUAGAGAUUCAAAAACAAAUCAAUGAGCUAAAAAAUAAAUGUUCUGUAUUACAGUCAGCUUUUGAUGAUAAGAAUAAUGAAAUUGAACAUAUUAAAAAAAAUGUACUUAUGGAAUUAAAAAAAGUAGUUGAAGACAAAACAAAAAUUAUAGAUGAUAAAAAUUCAAAAAUCGAUCAGUUGAGUAAUACAAUUAUGUUGUCUGAAGUAGAAUUUAGCACCAAAUUGAAAGAAAAAGAAAACAAUAUUGUGGACAGAAUAAAAAUUACAGAAGACAAAUUUAUUAAAGAAAAAUUAAUAUUGGAAAAUAAUACUCAAAUUUUAUUGGAUGAGAAAGAUAAAGAAAUUUCACUAUUUGUUGAGAAACUAAAUACUUUGGAAAAUAUUAAGUUAAAUUUGGAUGAACAAAUAAAAAUAAGCGAAAAACAAGACCAUGAGAUCACAGAAUUGAAAAAAGAUGUAGAAAAUAAGACUAAAGCAAUCGAGGAUAGUAAUUUAAAGAUUGAACUAUUAAAUAAUAUUAUUUUAGAGACUAAAACUGACUUAGAAAUGAAAGUGAAAGAAAGAGAAAAAAAAAUUAAGGAGCUUGAAAAAAUAGGAGAAGAUAAAUUAAUAAAGGAAAAGAUAGGAUAUGAAACUUGUCUGACUGAAAAAAAUACAGAAAUUGAAAUAUUGAAAAAUCAAUUACAAGAAUUUGUAGAAAAUAAUACUGAAAAAGAAUUAAUGUUAAAACUAGAAUCUGCUAAUGAAGAAUUAAACAAAGAGAGAGUUCGGGUAGCUAAUUUGGAAGUAUUAAAAAAAGAGUUGGAAAAAACAGUAUCAGAACAUAAAACUGCAUUUGAACAAUUAGAAUUGUCAAAAAAAGAUAUGAUCAAAACUAUAGAAGAACAAAAUAUUCUUAAUGCUGAGCUUAAGGCGAAAAAUAAGAUUGAAUCAGAUCAAUUAGAUGGUGAAAAAUUAAAAAUUCAAAAACAAAUCAAUGAGCUAAAGAAUGAAUGUUCUGUAUUACAAUCUACAUUAGGUAAAAAAAAUCUUGAAAUAGAACAGCUUAAAUCCCAAAAUUUGGAAUCUGUUAAUGGUGACAGUAAAGAAUUAAACCGAUUAAAAGCCUUGCUUGAAAAAGAUCGCAGUACCCAAUCCCAUUUAGAAUUUCGUAUACAAGAGCUAACAGAUGAAAAUCAUUAUUUGAAUGAACGUAUUGAAGGCAAUAGAAAUCUACUUCAGAGAAAUCAUAAUGAUAAUCAAGAAAAAUAUAACUUAGAAAAAAAAUAUGAAGAAACCUAUAGUUUGUUAAAAAUUAAAGAAAAUCAAAUUUUAGUACUACAAACAGAGUUAAAUUCUUGGAAGUUAAAGGAUAUGGAGAAAUGUAAGAAUAAUAUUAUUCAAGACAAACCUGAUAAAAGUGAUGUUCAUUUAUUAGCAGAAAAAAACGAAGAAAUUAAAAUAUUGAAUUCUAUUAUAUUAGGAUUACAUAAAAAAUUAUCGGCAGUCAUGGAAACUGAUGUUUCUGAAUUUGAAAUUGAGAAAAAUCCAAAUGGUGUUUCAAAAGAAGAUUAUCAAAAACUAUACAAAGCAACAAAAAAUAAUGUCAAACUUAAGGAAUGUGAAAAUCUAUCAUUAAAGCAAGAGAUUUACAAACUUAAAACUGAAAAUGAACGUUAUUCUGAGUUUAAAACGAAAUGUGAAAGUUUAGAAAAUGAUAAAAAAGUUCUUCAAAGGUUGGUGGUUAAUUAUGAAUCCUCUCAACCUGCUAAAGUCAAAAAUGAAAAAACAGAUGAUAAAUCUGAAACUGAAAAAAUACUGGAAGAAAAAGAUUGGCAAAUAAACUUGUUGAACAACAUAAUCGCUGGUCUGCAUACUAAGGUGUCAGAAAACAAAUUUAAAAUUGAGGCACUAGAAAAACAAAUUUUGGAUUGUGGAUUAGAUCAAAACAAAAAAGUACGCUUAAGGACUACUCGACUUUAUUGUGAACAAUGUGAAAUAUUUGAUUCUCAUGACAAUGAAGAUUGCCCCGAAAAGCCAAAAUCUCCUGAAGUGCAAAGGAAACGAAGAGUAGUUAAUGAUGGUUCAAAUAAAACUGCUGAAGAACCAUUUUGUGUUUGCUGUGAUAUGUUUGGACAUACAGCUGACGAGUGUGAUAGUUCAUUAACAUUUUAAUGUGUUUCAAUUUGAAUCCUAUCACUAAAUAUUUAAUACUAUUAUUAAAAUAG